CCUCCAGCGUGCCACUUCGGAAGUAGGUCAACGCUCGCCGAUUUGUUCACCAUGUCUCCGGCUGCUGUGGGCUCUUUGGUCCGCGGAUCGCUCCCCGGGUCGACAGUCCGACCGGGUGGAAACUGAGACACAAGCACGGACGGGAUUAUUUUUGUUUCAAUUUUUUUUUUUUAAGUGGAGGGAUUUAAAAUUUUCGACGGGGACACACAAGAGAGUGUAUGUACCCAUCUGAUGGUCCCUGAUGAUGCUCACUAAAGGCCCUCUCUGAGCAGAAACCCACCAGCGCAGGACCUUGUGGAUGAAGUGGCUGUGGUGCAUCUGCUCCCGAACGCUGAGACCAUGGUGAAAGCUCAGCGGAGCCAGCCCAUAAAAUGUGGGAAGCCCUGGAGGGAGAAGGGAGGCAAGGAAAAACGAGGUGGUGUGAAAAAAGGGAAAAAGAGAAAGAAUGAGCUGAGAGGAAAGAAGAAGAAGAAAGACAAAAACUCCCACCAAUGUAGGAAGAAGACACUGGCAGUGAGUGAUGGAGAUGCACUGGACUGUUGUGUCCUGCUCACCCGUCUGGAGGAGAAAGGAGUUCUGGGUAAAAAAAGGAAUGCACCAAAAGCUUGGAAACAAAAGAGUGUGAAAGUUAAAAAGAAGCUGCGCUGCAGCUCUACUCAAAGAAGGACCAAAUCUGGAUUAAAGAAAACUUUUACAGCCCAUCAGCAAGCACUGGAACCAAAAAUCAACCAAUCUGACGCCUUACUCAUGUGUACCACACCUGUCUUUGAGGCACGGAGGCGAAGAAUGGCCUCUCUUAACGCUGAGGCUGUCAACAGCUUGCUGCUCUACAGAAAUGAUUCUCUCACAUCAAAUCUCACAAAGAAACAACAGCCUUCCAGCAAAUAUCCAGCUAAAGAUAGUCUUACUGAAACUGAACAUAGAGAUCAUAAAGUCAAAAAGGUUCCUUCCGGAGGAAAAGCAGCUAUAAAAUACAGACCUAAAAAACAGAAGCGGGCAGCAACAGAGGCUCAGAACAUCGACUGGUUGAGCCUGUUUGCACCGACGCCGAGGCGUCAGGCAGGCCUCACUGCUGCAGCACUGCUCAAACUGACCAGCGAUACGUAUGGAACCAAACGGCAUAAGAAGACAGAGUGCAAGCCGGCAAGUGGAAGUGAAGCAGCAGCUAAAUCUCAGGACGAGGUUAAUGGUAAAGCUGUGUGUGGAGGAGCAACACAGACCAAAAGAACAAUGCAUUCUAAAUAUGAGGAGGAACUAAAUCACAGAAAACAGGGUACAGAGGAUCAAGUCCAUUCCCAGCUGGGCUCUACCAUCCUGGGUUGUUGUAGUUUAUGUAAGGCAGAGGCUUUGGAUCACAAGUGGGAAGACACCACAGGGGGGCGGGAGAGUGCGAAACAUGCACUCCAGCAUGGCUCUACACUGGGCUUCCCCUCAAAAACAAUCAAAGAGGAGCAGGUGGAGGCCGAGGUAUCUUCCUGCUACUGCUGCUCCCAGGAGAGGUGUGUCGAGUACUGUCACAGAAUGGCCCUCUUCCUGGAGGACAAGACCUUCAAGGAACCAGAGGACGGCUCGCUGUCCGACGUGCUCCACCACCACCACCACCACCAUCAUCAUCAUCAUCAUCACCACCAUCUUCAGUCCCCGCACUCUGUAGCCCACCCAGCAGCCAUAGCCAUCAGCCCACACACUUACACCUGUUUCCCUGGCUACUAUGUCCACUUCAGCCGCCCAGACACCUCCCCCUCACCCAUAUCACCCCUUGCUUUAUGCCCAAGAAGUGGCAAGAGACCCAAGGUUUUCCCCAGCGCAGGCCCGCAGCCCUCAGGGAUUACCCAUCCAAUGUACUGCUGCACCUCAGUGGAGCCAUGCUAUGGAGAGUCCUGCAGGAUCAAUGGCUACUCCGCUUAUACCAGUGUGAUUCCAGCCAUCCCCAGAGGAGGGAGCUCUUUCAACCCAACAGACUGCACCAAAUGUGCGCAGGGCAUCAAAAGAGAUGACUACCCAUCAGUCCUCAAUGACCAUCACAGCCCCUCCUCCAUCCCCAUCUGCCCCAGCCCCAGAAUCCUCACUGGCUGCCCCAUUCCCACUGUGCCUCCAGCUGGCCAAUCAGUGCCCCACGUUCAGACGCCGCUGUCUGACCCCAGCCCACCACAGCCUCUGCUGCAGGUGGCAAAGGAGUGUCCUCAGAGUGCCAAGCCACCCAGUGGGUCGAGGGCUGGCACACCUUUGAUGGGAGAGGAGGCUCUAGUGCUGAGGAAGUGUUUUGAGGGAAUCCAAAGGGACGGGGAGCUGAUUCGGGUGAGAGACAAUGUUCUGCUAAAAUCUGGACCUAGAAAAAAGUGUCUGCCUUAUGUGGCCAAGAUCUCAUCUCUGUGGGAAGAGCCAGAGUCAGGAGAGCUGAUGAUGAGUUUGUUUUGGUACUACCGUCCAGAACACACCCAGGGCGGACACAACCCCAGCAUACAUUGCGAGAUGUCUACAGUAAAAACUCCAUAG